CGCAGUUAGUGCCAGCCCUUCGGAGACAUAAGGCGCUUGGCCGCUACUAACUGGAAUACGCGUGGACUACAAAAAGCUGGAUCGGACCCGAACCACAUGGCCCAACUCGCCGGCGCCUCCCGCUCCCCGGUGUGGCCGUUGUCCUGGCUGCUGCUGCUGUUCUCCUAUGCGCUCCGGGAAGUGGGUGGGGAUAUUGCUGUGCAGGUGAUCUCCAACUCAACCAGCCUCUUGGGAGGCUCUACCGUCUUGCACUGUAGUCUGACUUCUAAAGAGAAUGUGACAAUCACUCAAAUAACCUGGAUGAAGAGGAAUCCAGACGGAUCCCACCCUCCUGUGGCUCUCUUCCACCCCAAGAAAGGGCCCAACAUCGCUGAGCCUGACAGGGUGAAAUUCUUGGCUGCCAAGCAGGACAAGGAUCUGAGGAACGCAUCUCUGGCCAUCUCGAACGUGAGUGUAGAAGACGAAGGCACCUAUGAAUGUCAGAUUGCCACAUUCCCCAGAGGCAGUAGGAGCGCCAAUGUCUGGCUGAAGGUGCUUGCUCGACCUAGCAACACUGCAGAGGCCCUGGAGCCCUCUCCCACUUUGACGUUGCAGGAUGUGGCUAAAUGCAUCUCUGCUGAUGGUCACCCUCCUGGACGAAUCAUUUGGUCCUCGAAUGUGAAUGGAAGCCACCGUGAAAUGCAGGAACCGGGAUCCCAGCCGGGCACCACCACAGUUACCAGCUACUACUCUAUGGUGCCUUCUCGCCAGGCAGAUGGCAAGAACAUCACCUGCAGCGUGGAGCAUGAAAGCUCCCGGGAGCCCGACCAGCUGCCAUUGACCCUUUCCCUACCCUAUCCACCUGAAGUGUCAAUCUCUGGCUAUAACGACAACUGGCAUGUUGGCCUCACUAACUUGGUCCUGACCUGUGAUGCUCUUAGCAAACCAGCACCCUACAGCUAUGACUGGAACACGACCAUGGGCUUCCUUCCCACCUCCACUAAGCGCCUGGGCAAUCGGCUUCUAAUCUCUACCUUGGAUGAUCUCAAUAACACCGUCUUUGUGUGCAAAGCCACCAAUGCCCUAGGGUCUGGGCAGAGCCAACAGUCCAUCCUUGUUACAGAGACACCUAAGAAUGUGCAGCAAAAUUCAAGCUUAAGCCGAGGCUUCAUCGCCUCCAUCAUUACUGUCCUCAGUAGUGUACUACUCGUCAUAGUAGUAUGCACUAUAGUCUGUAAACGCAAGCAUGGUUGUCCUCUGCAGUCCAGGCCCAUAGAGAAUAACAACAUCCAGUAUUCAUCUGUAAACGGCAUCUCUAUCCAGAACAUGGAGACAAACAGAACUACGGAACUUGAAGACAUAAACUGGAACCCUACUCAUAAAUGAAGAAGCCUCCAGAGAGAAUAGCUACCCAGUGUGAUGAACAUAGCAAGUUUGAGGGGGUCUCCCAGGACACUGCUGAAUUCCACGUUGCCAAAGGGACUCAUGGAGCCCAGUGUGUUGGCUCACACCUGACGUCUUGGCAAGCUGGAGGACAUAAAGCAAGAUUGAGUCUAGCUUGGGCUGUAGAGCGAAGCCCUGCUUAGACACGGACAAGCUAACGGGCUUUGAGAUGGUCAGAAACUGAAGUCUUUCUUUGGGUAAGGUAAAUCCUCUACCUCAUGUAUGUGCUAGACUUGAAAGACUCCCACCCCUGAAAUUCAACUACAGACUCUCUUUAUACGUUGACUCAGUUGGGACCAUCCCCUUUCUCCUCUGUGGACAAGGUCUUAGUAUGUAGCCAAGCUGAGGCUCCAACUCACGGAGAUCUGUCUGCCUCUACCUCCGCAGUGCUGGAGUUAAAGGUGUGUGCCACUGCACUUUUCUAGGUCUUCUUUUUGAUGAAGUGAAGUAUAUAUUUAUAAAAUUUAUAUAUUUAUAAUAUAUAUAUAUAUAUAUGUUUUAGACUAUUUCUUAGAACCCAAGCUAACCUCUUACUAUGUAGCCAAGAAUGAUUGUAAACUAAUUUAUUUUAAUUUAUUUGUCUUCAAGUUUAACCUAGCCCAACCCCUGCUCCCUUCUGUCUUCUCUCAAUCCAUUUCGUCGUCUUUUUCUUCCCAGACACUAUUCUGAUUUAUGUCUUCAUUACAAACAUUUUAUUGAACUACAUAAAAAUGUGUAAACCACAUAUAACAAAAUUGUAUUUGUCAAAAUUGUAGUUGUCUUUCUGAUGUUGACUUGAUUUCUUUGAUACCAUUCUCUCCGGUUGUAUCCAGUUUCCUGUAAACGAUGCGACUUUUUUUUCCUUGGUGGAUGAAAAACCCCAAUUGUGUGUGUGUACACUUACUUUACCCAUUCCUCUGUGGGUAGCCAGCUGGCUUGGUUCCGUAUCUGAGCUAUGGUGCACAUAAUUGUCUCCGUGAUGGAUUUAGUAAACUCCCAGGAAUGC